UCUCUCUCUCUCUCUCUCUCUCUCUCUCUCUCUCUCUCUACUCUAUAUUCUCUAUACUCUGUAUCCUCACCCAUGAGACCCCGCAGUCCCCAGCGCCUCCGCAUUUCUGGCUUCCGACAAUGACACUCGCUUCCAACUCCAACCGUCUCGAGUCGACUUCUCGUGCCCAGUCGCGCAAGUUGCCUGCAAACUCAACUGCUGCCCCCAGGAAACGCCGAAAACGAACCGUCGCCAGUGGCGCGUCGGACGAUUGCUUCACCUGCACUAAGCGGAGCUCGCGUUGCGACCGCCGUCGUCCAUACUGUUCGCAAUGCCUGGAUUCGGGUCGAGAAUGCGCGGGAUACAAAACCACCUUAACCUGGGGGGUUGGGGUCGCCAGUCGAGGAAAACUACGGGGGUUAUCCCUGCCGGUGACAGGGGCUCAACCGACCACGACUUCGAAAUCGUGGCCCUCUUCUUCAGCCAACCAACCUGAACCGGCAACCUCGUCGACCCCUCCUCGUUCUGUUCCAUCGAAUGUUCCGGGCGCGACCCCGCUGGAAUCAACAUCACCAUCAGUAGCACCUUAUCAACAGCCUUCUCAGCAACCGUCUCCCGCGUCGGAUACUGCGCAAAAUGGGAUGCCAUGGCCACAUGGGUUGCCUUUGGUUCCGGAGGUCUGGCCCAGUACAUCCAUGUAUUCUCCGACGGCUUAUUCGCCAAGUUCAACCACUCAGGUUGAUUUUGGAGAGUGUCUGGCAGCAAACACUCCUCCGUUUUUCGCAAUGGGAACUAAAGCGGUCAGUCAGCCUUCAAUGACGGCGCAAUGGCCCAGACAGGGAUCAGAGGCGCAGGAAACACAGGACUAUGAGAACGCAUUUUCGUGGGCACAAUGUCCUUCUCCGUCGUAUUCUCAGAUGCUUCUGUCGAGAUCAGUUGGAAACACGCCUCGUCUUCGGUAUCUGAUCAGUUACUAUGCUGAAGUUAUCGCCCCGAUGAUUGUGGCGUUUGACAGCCCGACGAACCCGUUCCGCGCGCACAUUUUACAUCUGGCACGGGAUAGUGAGUCCCUUCAAGAGGCCAUCGCGACUCUUUCGACCAGUAACUUGCGACAACGGCAAGCGCGCAAGACCAUGUCCACGGAGAGGACCCCGGCGUCUCGAAUGUCAUACAUGGCGCAUCGGGCGCUGACCCAGGAAGAUCCGGGAAGCCACUCGGCCUCGGAAAUUGCGCAGGAGGAACAGUACCACCGCGGACGGGCCGUGAAAGCUUUGAAUGCGGAGUUGGCGGAUCCGCAACAACGAUUGUCGGAUUCAGUGUUGGCGACUCUGCUCAUCUUGUGCCUGUUUCAUGUCUGCGACACGGGGGUUGCCCAAUUCAAGACGCAGUUUGCAGGAGUCACCAAGUUGUUGGCCAUUCGGAUGCGUGCGAGCGGGAGAGUGACGGAUGAUCUGAAAUGGUUUAUCCGUAUGUUCACUUGGUUUGACACGAUGACUGCAACAACCAAUGAUCGUGAGAGCCACCUGCGCGGUACGUGUUUGGACAUUACCUCCCUAUCAGACGGAGACUGGGGCCUCGAGGAGCUUGCCGGCUGCGACGCCGGCCUUUUCCGACUGGUUGCGCAACUGGGUCGUUUGAAUCUGCUCAGCCAGGAUCGAACGCCGCGGGGCCCAACGGCCCCGGAGAUAUCUGUUCCCACGACGACCCUUCCGCCGUCGAUGACUCAUCCACAGGGCAUGUUUGUCGUGCCCGGUGGUGUUCCGGCAGCGGUCAAUCUUAACGGAUUUCCGACCGCUCCGCCGCCGCAGGUCAAUGCGCCCAGCCCUUGGCCGACGUCGCCUGCAUUUUGGAGCGAGUGGUAUUCUCUGCGUCAAAAAUUGGAAGCGUGGCGGUAUCUGCCUCAUGGCAGUGGAACCAGGCCUGCACCGCCAUAUAUCUCGCCGCCGUCGUCGCCAUCGUCGUUGUCGACGGUCGCAUCCCAACACUAUGAGGAAAUCUUCCAUGUGUCUGAGUCAUUCCGACACGCGGCGAUCCUCUACAGCGAACGACUUGCGUAUCCGGAUCUACCGUCCAGCCACUCGCGUUUCCAAAACAUCGUGCAGGUCGUCAUGCACCAUCUCACAGCAGUGCAAUCAGACGCCUACCUACUCUGGCCACUUUUCGUCACGGGAUCGGAAUGUGUCCUGGAAAGCGACCGCAGCAUGAUUCGCCAGCGAUGUCGGGACAUCUCCCGAGACUCUGGAUUCUGCAACAACCUGGCGUGCCUGGAUCUACUGGAGAAGAUCUGGGCACAGAACGCCACAACAGACGGACACGGAAACUGGCGGGCACCGAGCGAAGCACUGGCGUUUGAACGGGGCUUCCGAUGGCAGCAGGCGAUGCGAUCCAAACGAGCGGAUUCCGAGUACAUGGUGGUUUAAACGUAGUGAUACCUUAUGCUGGCUGGCCCGAUCUGGUAUCUGUUGAUGAAGGUAUCUCAUACCAUGACAUGUAUAUACUAGACCCUGUACAUAGAGUAAUAUAUAUUUCACCGAUUACCAGCGGUACAUA